CCCGGUUCUGAGAGGGCUUGGGGCUGUUUCCUUUGAAUGACCGGGAAGGUUUUCCUGGCAGGUGGAUUUCGAGGCAACAUGUCUUCUUCAAUGAAAGAAUGCCUGCAGCUUCAGCUGCUAGAGAUGGAAAUGCUGUUUUCUAUGUUUCCUAACCAAGGAGAAGUAAAACUUGAAGAUGUAAAUGUCCUGACGAAUAUAAAGCGAUAUUUGGAAGGCACAAGGGAGGCGCUGCCGCCAAAAAUCGAAUUUGUGAUUACCCUCCAGAUUGAGGAGCCCAAGGUGAAAAUUGAUUUGCAAGUAACCAUGCCUCACAGCUACCCCUAUGCAGCAUUGCAGCUAUUUGGACGGUCGUCUGAGCUUGACAGACAACAGCAACUACUUCUCAACAAAGGUCUCACUUCUUAUAUAGGGACUUUUGAUCCAGGUGAGCUCUGUGUAUGUGCGGCAAUCCAGUGGUUGCAGGACAAUAGUGCCUCCUAUUUCCUGAACAGAAAGCUUGUUUACGAACCAUCUACACAAGCAAAGCCAGUCAAGAACACAUUCCUCCGAAUGUGGAUCUACAGUCACCACAUAUAUCAGCAGGACCUAAGAAAAAAGAUUUUGGAUGUUGGGAAAAGGUUAGACGUGACUGGAUUUUGCAUGACAGGAAAGCCGGGUAUAAUCUGUGUGGAGGGCUUCAAAGAGCACUGUGAGGAAUUCUGGCACACAAUUAGGUAUCCCAACUGGAAACACAUUUCCUGUAAGCAUGCUGAAAGUGUCGAAACCGAAGGAAAUGGAGAGGAUCUGCGCCUUUUCCAGUCUUUUGAAGAAUUACUCCUUGAGGCCCAUGGUGACUAUGGAUUAAGGAAUGACUAUCACAUGAAUCUGGGCCAAUUCUUAGAAUUUCUGAAAAAACACAAAAGUGAGCAUGUGUUCCAGAUACUAUUUGGUAUUGAAAGUAAAAGUUCAGGCCCCUAGGAAGCUUAAUUAAGAGGCCUAUGCUUAUAAUUUCACUAAGGCAGUAUUUCUGUUAAUAAGACCAAAAUAAAAGGGCCAGUGGCUGUUUAGUAUCCUCUGUGAGACACCUAGCCCCCAAAUUUUUACCUGGUAAUGAAACACAAAGGCCUUUUAACUUUAUAACAGUGCAAUUGUGAUGUAAUCUCUAUGUUCUUGUGUUAACUGAAAACUAUUUAAUUGUAAAUUAAUAAAAACAGUCAAUUUAACCAGUGAAGCUGACUUGAUUAAAGAGGAGUCCAAAACCCGUAAUCAAUACUGAUAGUCAAAUUGCAGCUCUGAACUCAUAAGUAAUAUUCCUCUCUUUCAUGAUAUUAGCACAUGAUGAAACAGCACAUUUUCUUUCUUUUGUUAUCGGAGAAUGAAUUCUCAGUCAAGCUUAAAGUGAGAAGAGUUGACUACAUUUCUUACUUUAAGUCAAACCCUCUAUUUCUAGUUUUUUCUUUUAGUAAAACUCAAUCUUAAGUGCGGUGGCAGAGGAAUCAGAACAAUGAAGUCUCAAGAGUAAUGAAGACGACAUGUAACUCUAUGUGUUGUUGGCUGUUUUCACCAGCUGAUUAAUGAUACUAAGGAUAAGGAUACCAAUAUUCUUCGUUAUACACACAAAAAAGAUGCGGUUUCGUGCCUACAAAGGGUUCCACGAGUAAUGUGUACUGGCAGCCUUCCCCUGUGCGCCAGGAUGCAUUGCUUUGUAGGGCGGGAGUGUUGAGGAGGACCACGAUGGAUGGCUCUGCUCCCAUCACCUUGGGGGGAAAAAAUCAAGCUCUGCGUUUUGGUGAGACUUUCACUGCCAUCUCCUCUGAAAAUUGCCGGCUUCACCAGCCUUUGUCAAAAAUGAGAGUUUAUUUUGAUGACAGUGACUUCUUAUUAACUAGCACCUGCCACACCUUUUCCUUUUCAUUGCAAAGUAGCCACCGUCUCCAGGAAUUUCUGGGAGUCCCACCUGUGUUAAGAGAUGUCCUGCGCUGACUCUGCAAUUUUCUCUGGUUUCCAUGGUCUCUCUUUAACCACUACUGCCCUUUCUCAGGGAGCAUUUCAUUCUCCGGCUGGUCUCAGGCACCCCACUGAUGCCCUGGUCCCACCAGGAUGCCAAAAAUGGAUGCCGAGAGUUAGUACCUCAAGGGGAAUGAGUGCCUCACUCCCUAUGUUGUGAUACAUUCUCUUAGAUGCCAAACAUUGCUGCAUGUGCCGGGGUGGCUUACAGAAUUUUUGGUGAAAUGGUACAUUCUGGUUUUACUUUCUGUGUCUAGGAUACAGACACAUGUCCUUGAGCUAGGGCAAGGAUAUAAUGCAACAGCAGACCCUGCACUAAGCUGACUGUCUUGACCUUGAGGCCUUGGAACUGGGUCUACUCUGCCCUGCCCACAUACUCAUAGCUCAGAAUGAGUUUCUUUUCAGGGCACAACUGAGACCUUCAAACCAAGGCUCUCGUCAUGGGCCUGCCCUGCCAGAUGAUCCAGCUUGCCCAUUCAUGCUUUAAUCCUAGCCUUGGAUGUGGCUGGGACCCAAGCAAGGGCCUUAUACUUUACCUUUACCUAUAUACAAAAGGAAUAAAUAGGACUUACAUUGCCAAAGACUCAUUUCUCAAUCUUUGUCCGGGACUGAAAACAAUAUAGUAUAGGAGUCAGUAUCCUACGUAUUGUCCCCAAGACCAUCAGUAAGUAGCAUUCACAAGUUUUUAGGCCCUAAACAGAUGUGACUGUUAAUUUUUUUUUUCCAUAUUAGAUGCCAUCCACCUAAUAAUGUGCCUAAACUUCUCACAGAGGAUUUUUUUUCUAUGAUUAAAUUAGCAGAAGUAGUGAUGGAAAGAUAAAGAAGCUUAAAGAAGUAUAAUAUAGGAUAAAAAAUUACAUAAUUCACUAAAUGAAAGGAAUAACUUAUGAACUCUUUACUGCUUCUGGAGCUAUUUCUGGUGGUAAUUUUUCAGAACCUAUUUUUACAUGCUUGAUGUUACCAUGCAGCAAUACUUUUUUUCCUAUCAGAAACACUAAUAAUAGACAUUAAUUAUGGGAGAAGUAUAGGUUUUAUAGGAAAAAAUAGACAUAUAUGAUAAUUCAAAGCUUAGCUUUGUAUGUAUAGUAGACUGCUAAUUUUCUCUGCCCAGCCUGAUAGGAGCACAGACCACCCUCCUCCUCUAGCACCUCCCAUCCCCCUCCACCCCGCCGGCCACACACACACACAGAGACACACAUACAACACUUACUCUGAGGAACCGCCCUUUCUCUGUAUGGUUUGGGAGAAGUAAUUGGGAGCCUUCUAGAGAGAUGGUUUUGAGCUCUUGCUGCUUAAAUCCAUAGUGCCACCCUCAUUUCUGGCCUACUGAAUGUUCAGUUGUUCAACACUUCUUUUGAGCUACCCAACAUCUGCCCUUUUUUUCUUGAAAGUCAGAAUCAGUCUGAAUCGCUUGGAA